AUGGGGAAAAUCUCCUUAAGGGAGAAGGGAAAGGGUUUUUACUUUUUGAAAAACAACUACUUCUAGGGUAAGUUACUUCCUUCUUCACUGUAUAUAAAUGUUGCCCACAAGAGUCCUUGACAGAGUUGAAUUCUGUUUUUUAUAGAGUUUCUUAACACUAUGGCACAGGAAUUGGUGAGUGCCUCUGAUCUUGCAGUUGAUGAUCUUUACUUCUCAGCACUUUUUGAUGAAGAAGUAGAUGAUCAACAAGCCAUUCUCCCAGUUUCUGACUCCAAAUAUGCUGAAGAGUUGCAGUUCCAGGAGGCUCUCAUGGCUUCCACAGUCAGUUCUCAGAUGACCAACAGGAGUGACAUUACUAAUCCUUCACCCCCUUUAAGGAUCAUCGAAGUAACUGGAGAUCACCACAAGGUUCGGUUUUUGGACCCUGAGGAGUCAAUGGAGAUGCCAAUGAUGGAACUGGAAUCUGGUGAGUCCUCUAAAAGUUUCUGUGAGAUUUGUGCUGAAAGAAAAGAAAUUGAUGAAAUGUUUAAUACUGAGAGCUGUGUUCAUUCAUAUUGUCGUGAUUGUAUGAGCAAACAUGUGGCUACAAAGCUCCAGGACAAUGUUAUCACUGUGACUUGUCCUGGUUUGAACUGCAAAUCCAUCCUGGAAUUUGAUGCUUGUAGGCCAUUGCUUUUAAAGGGUGUGGUUGAAAUUUGGGAGGAGGCCAUUUGUGAACAGAUGUUUGAUGUUUCACAGAGGUUUUACUGUCCUUUCAAGGAUUGUUCAGCCAUGUUGGUGACUGAAAAUGAUGGACAAGUUAUAACUAGUUCUGAGUGUCCUUUUUGCCAUAGAUUGUUCUGUGCUCAGUGUUAUGUUCCAUGGCAUUGUGGGAUUGAGUGUGAAGAAUUUCAGAGGCUGAAUGUGGAUGAAAGAGGGAGGGAGGAUCUCAUGGUGAGAGAGCUUGCAAAAGAGAAGAAAUGGGGCAGAUGCCCCAAGUGCAAAUACUAUGUUGAAAGAACUGAUGGUUGCCCACAUAUGGUUUGCAGGUGCAAGUUUGAGUUUUGCUAUGGAUGUGGAAUAGAGUGGAAUGGAAGUCAUGGUGGUUGCCACAGACAGUAGGAGACCAGAAUGUGCAUCAUCUCACUAUUAUCUUUUACUGAAUGAAUUAUUAUGAAAGUGUUGAUUGAAAACAAAACACUAGACUUUACCCUAUUAUAUAUUAAUUAGUAUGUGAAGGAGUAUCUUUAAAGAGAAUAUUGGUCUUAGGUUUAUAUGUUUAUCUUAUGUUUUUGUGUUAAUUCUCUUUUUCUAUGUAAUUAUCAGAAUCAAUAAGAAAAGGGGUUUAGAGUGUUAAUGUUUAUCUCUAUCCCUCGAAUGUGUAUA